AUGUAUCGUCAAACACCAUCAACAUUUUAUCUAUUAUGUUCCGUUAUUGCAAGUUUUAUUCAUUUAACAAUUGCAAUGAGUACAAGAAUACUUAUGGUUGGUUUUGAUAAUGAUUUAACAUGUUCAUCUCUUAUUUGGUGUAAAGCUCGUCAGUUUAUAAUUGCAACAUAUGCUCCAUUGGGAUUAACAUUUGCAUCUUUGCCUAUUUUUGAUCAAUUUUUAGUAACAUCACGUAAUGUUCGUUUACGACAAUUUAGUAAUAUGAAAAAUACUCAUCGAAUUGUUGUUGCGUUUAUUAUUUUCUGGCAUAUUCAUAGUAUGCCUUUUCUUGUUUACAAUCAAAUACGAUCAAAUGAAUGUGUGAUUAAUAAUAAAAUAUUAUCUAUUUACUGGCCAUAUAUACAUUUCUUUUGUGUUUUACUUACGAUUCCCACAAUAACUUUGGUUACAUUUGGUUAUCUUGCAUAUAAGAAUAUGCGAUGCUUAGCUAAAUCAGGUCAGUUAAUUGGUGCUGGUCGUCAAUUAAUUACAAUGGUUUGUUUACAACUUACUUUUGUUGUUGUUGCAACAAUACCAUUUGGUAUUUAUAAUACAUAUAUUUUAUCAACAUCGAAUAGAAAUAAAAGUGCUGAACAAGUCGAUCAAGAUUUUUUAUUUCUAACUGUUACAAGUUUAUAA